AAGAGGAGGAAAGAUGGCGGCCCGCUGGAGCAGUGAGAAUGUGGUGGUUGAAUUUCGGGAUGCACAGGCCACAGCCAUGUCAGUGGACUGUCUGGGCUCACAUGCUGUGCUGUCUGGGCGACGUUUCCUCUACAUGGUGAACCUUGAAUCUCCGUCUGAGCCGCCAAGAAAAAUUGGCCGUCAGAGUAAAUGGGACGUGGGGACGGUGCAGUGGAACCCACAUACAGCCGAGGCCCACGUCUUUGCCGCCUCAAGUAACCAGCGUGUGGAUCUGUACUCGUGGAGGGACGGUUGCGGAGAGGUUCACACGUCCCUGCAGGGCCACACCCGGGUCAUCAGUGACCUGGAUUGGUCCUGGUUUGAACCGGAGCUCCUGGUCACCAGCUCGGUGGACACCUACAUCUACAUCUGGGACACCAGAGACACUCGGAAACCCACGGUGGCGUUGUCUGCUGUCGCUGGAGCAUCGCAGGUGAAAUGGAACAGAAAGAACCAGUUUCUUCUCGCUUCCAGUCAUGACGGAGACGUGCGCAUCUGGGAUAAAAGAAAACCAAACACAGCGGUGGAGUACGUAGCAGCUCACCUGUCAAAGAUCCACGGCCUGGACUGGCAUCCGGAUAACGAGUAUAUCCUGGCCACAUCGAGUCAAGACAACUCAGUGAGGUUCUGGGAUUACCGACAGCCUAGGAAGUACCUGAACAUCCUGUCCUGCCAGGUGCCAGUGUGGAAGGCCAGGUACACGCCGUUCUCCAACGGUCUGGUGACAGUGAUGGUUCCUCAGCUGAGGAGGGAGAACAGUCUGUUGCUGUGGAGUACACUUGAUCUCAACAGCCCCGUCCACGCCUUUGUUGGACAUGAUGACGUCGUGCUUGAGUUCCAGUGGAGGCCGCAGAAAGAAGGUUCUAAGGAUUACCAGCUGGUCACAUGGUCCAGAGACCAGACAUUGAGGAUAUGGAGGGUGGAUCCUCAGCUGCAGAGGUUGUGUCAGUGACCGUGGGUAGAAGAUCUGAUGGAGGGGAUGUCUCUGACGGUGGAGUCGGAGAAGGCGCUGUCGUCCCAGGACCCUGGGGGUCAUCACAACGCUGGCCCGGCUGUAGAAAUUCUACAGGAACAGGACAGUGGUCUGAGUGCAGGAGGUCGGCAGGACGCAGCGGCACUGGGCUCAGGCCUCCCUCAAACGCUGCAGCAGGAGUUCUCUCUGGUCAACCUGCAGAUCAGAAACGUGAAUGUGGAACUGGAUGCUGUGAACUGCAGCUGUGUGGUGUCAGCUCACUUUGGCAGUCAUCAGGUCCACUUAGUCAUGAAGUUUCCCGCCCAGUAUCCCAACACGCCCCACCCCUUCCAGUUUGUUUCCCCGACAACCAUCCCCUCUGCUAUGAAGAUCAAGAUCCAGAAGAUUUUGACAGACACGUCUCUGCAGAAGGUAAAGAACCAGAACUGUCUGGAGCCGUGUGUCCGACAGCUCGUGUCCUGCCUUGGAUUAUACAUAACCCAGGAGGACGAUCCCACCUCCAGCCCCUUUGUCCUGUCCAACCCGUCCCGUCCGUCCCUGCAGGCGUUCCCCAGGGUCACCAACACAUACGGCUCCUAUCAGGACGCUAACAUCCCUUUCCCUCGGACGUCAGGGGCUCGUUUCUGUGGCACCGGUUGUCUGGUCUACUUCACUCGGCCAAUCACAAUGCACCGCUCUGUCCCGCCCACUGAGCCCACUCCCAGGUCCCUGUCCGCUCUCUCGGCCUAUCACAGUGGCGUGUUGACUCCUAUGAAGAUGCGUUCAGAGUCGCAGAGCACUCUCAGGUUAUACAGCGGCAGCCCCACCCGCUCUGACAAAGACACUGUGUCCAUCUCCUCCUUCUACUACAAAGAACGGAAGCUUCCAAUCUCUGCCUCCCGCCGCUGGUCUGUCCAAACCCUUCAUGACUGGCCGAAAUCCCGACGGUUUAAACCAAAGCGAGAAGGCUCCGAUUACAGUAACCGUCCCAUCAAACUGGCCGGGAAAGUCAUCAUCCAGGAGAUCUCCUGUCUGCUGCCGGUCCAUAAAACUCUGGGAGAGAGCUACAUUCUGAACAUGAACGACAUCCAGGACACGUGUCAGAAGAAUGCAACAGCAGCACUCACCGCCGGACGCAGAGAUGUUGCCAAGGUUUGGGCUCUGGCAUCUGCAGCCACCAGUCAAGAUUUGAGUCCAGAUUCAGACCCAGAUGUAGAAACCCCCUGGGCCAGACACCCGUUUGGACGCCACUUGCUGGAGACUCUUCUAGACCACUACAGUCAGAUGAGUGACGUGCAGACUCUGGCCAUGCUGUGUAGUGUGUUCAAAGCUCAAGCUCCGCCUCCAGACUGUUAUGCCCUGUACGGACACCAUCCGUCACGUUCCUCCAUGUUCCCCCCACACCACUUACGCUAUCCCAGCUACACAUCCAGCUCUGUCACCUCAGGUUCCUGCUCAAGCACUUCUGACUCCGUCACCACGACUACCUGGAACCAAGGCAGAGAUUCUGAACAUCCUAAUCCCUGGGGUGAAUCGUCUCCUGAUGACUAUCGCUACGGCAACCAGGGUUAUACAGAUCCACGGGAACGGGAACGAGAGCAGCAUGACAUGAACAAGAGACUACUGGACCCAGCGAACACACUGCAGUUUGAUGAUUUUAAGAAGUGUUACGGGGAAAUCCUGUACCGCUGGGGUCUGAGAGAGAAAAGAGCUGACGUGCUAAAGUUUGCCUCCUGCCCCCCUGAACCUCACAAAGGCAUCGAGUUCGGCGUGUACUGCUGUCACUGCCGCAGUCAGACCCGUGGGACGCAGUGUGCCGUCUGUAAGCGUCUGACCUUCCAGUGCGCCAUCUGCCAUGUGGCCGUACGCGGCUCCUCCAACUUCUGCCUGAGCUGCGGUCAUGGAGGACACACUAGUCACAUGAUGGACUGGUUCAGACGGCAGGACGAGUGUCCGGCCGGCUGUGGCUGCCACUGUCUGCUACAGAGCACCUUCUGAUCUGCAAAUACCUCAGCCAAACCAGCACCUACAUCUGCUGAUGGUGGGACUGGUCUGAGAUCAGUCAGUCUGACCCGCAGAGAUAUCGCAUCAGCUGCAGACCUGAUGUCAGUGACAGUUAUGUGACUUUUAACCCAUAAAGACCCAAACAGCCACUGGAAACCAAAACCAUCCACUGAUCUAAACUGUUUAAUACCUGUUGAUCCACUAAUUCUAUCAAUCCAUGUCAAUAACUGGUGUAAAAU